ACGGCCUCGAAGACUGCAGCCCCGGGCGAUGGGGCGAUGGAAGCGCUGAAGGGAGUCCAAAGCGUUCGUUUCUUGGGUUCCUAGUUAUCUAUGUCUUUCCUGUCCUGAUCUUCCAUUUGUUUGUUUUGAUCAUCAUCUUCUUGUCCAUGGCACUUGUUCGCUUCAUACAUUUUAGUCACUUUCACCUUCUACCAUAGUAUCGAGAUCUCAAACAGCCUCGCCUGGUGCGGAGCCGUGUCAAGGUCCGUGUGUCAGUGUUCUGCGGCACGGUCAUUUCCUCUCAGACUAAUACUGUGUCAAGUGUGCGUUUCAAAAAGCCCUCUUGGCCUGUGUGUCGAGUCUCGACCUGCCGCAGCAACGUAGACGAAUUGUGGACCGCCAGAGCAGAUUGUCAGAGCUACAGCCCUCUCAUUUAACCUAGCGAGCGCCAUGAAUACCGCCUCGUCGCAGCCAUACUUCUACGAGGUGCCGCUGGGACGGUCGAAUACUACCACACACAAUAAUGCGCCGAUGUAUUAUCUCGAGAAGCCAUUGGCCAGGUCAAACACAACGUCGACAACCUCUACAAUGACGGAACGGACGCGGUCAACACCUCUGUCGAGGUUGCUGUUGUCGGGGGAGGUUAGCGGUGAAGCGCCUCGAGGCCUGACACUGAAAGAGAAGUUUGAAAGAUGGAUGGUCAACGAAGGGUCGAGGCGGAUGCUGGUGGGAUUGUUCGUGCUGGUUCACGGACUGAUAUUCGCAUUUGGCUUCAUGAACUAUCAACUAAAAGACAACCUCACCACAGCACGCUCGACUUUCGGCAUCACAUACCCGAUCGCACGAGCCGCAGCGCUGGUCUUACACUUUGACAUCGCGCUCAUCCUGUUCCCCGUCUGCCGAACGCUGAUAUCUUUACUGCGCCAAACACCUCUCAACAGUAUCGUACCCUUCGACAAGAACAUCACCUUCCACAAACAGAUCGCUUACUCUAUCGUCUUUUUCACAUGGGUUCACACCAUUGCGCACUGGAACAACUUCGCCCAACUUGCGGCCAAGCAGAAGCUGGGCAUCGUCGGAUUCUUGAAGAUCAACUUUGUCACUGGCCCUGGUUGGUCCGGUUAUGUGAUGCUGUUUGCCUUGAUGGCGAUGCUCCUGACAUCAAUUGAGAAGCCCAGGCGCGCAAACUACGAGCGCUUUUGGUCCACACACCAUUUAUUCAUAAUUUUCUUCGUGUUUUGGUCGGUGCACGGUGCCUUCUGUAUGAUCAAGACCGACACCGCACCUUUCUGCUUCGGCACUGGUGUCUUUUGGGAAUACUGGAUGUACGGUGGCUUUGCCUAUUUAUUGGAGCGAGUCCUGCGAGAGAUCCGCGGCCGACACAAGACUUUCGUCACAAAGGUCAUUCAGCAUCCCAGUAACGUUGUCGAAAUACAAAUGCACAAGGAAAGAACGAAGACUAGGGCCGGUCAGUACAUCUUCCUCUGCUGCCCCGAGGUCUCCAUCUGGCAAUACCAUCCAUUCACCCUCACCUCUGCUCCUGAGGAAGACUACAUCUCAGUCCAUGUUCGCAUGGUGGGCAACUUUACCAAAGCCCUUGGCAAGGCUCUCGGAUGCGAAGAAAGCAAAGGCGGAAGAGGCAGUGAUGGCGGCGCAAAAAAGCAGCGAUCGGAGGUUAUGUCGAUGGCUCCAGGCGCCGGUGGUCUAACGAAGCUUCUACCCCGAAUCUACGUUGAUGGUCCUUUCGGAUCUGCCUCUGAAGACGUGUUCAAAUUCGAGACCGCUGUCCUCGUUGGUGCCGGUAUUGGAGUGACUCCUUUUGCCAGCAUUCUCAAGUCUAUCUGGUACCGCAUGAGCACCGGCAAAGGCACCAACAUACGCCUGCGCAAAGUGUACUUCUUCUGGAUCUGCCGAGAUUUUGGGUCUCUGGAAUGGUUCAAGAGUCUACUUAUGGCUAUCGAGUCGCAAGACAAGGAACAUGCCAUCGAAAUCCACGCCUAUCUGACUGCCAAAAUCUCCGCCGCGGACGCGAACAAUAUUAUGCUCAACUCAACCGAUGCUGACGCCAUCACCGGUCUACGGACGCCUACCAACUUUGGCCGUCCGAACUGGGACAUGGUAUUCCGAGCCGUACGGAAACUGCAUUCUCCUGGCGAGGCUGGAGUAUUCUUCUGUGGACCGAAGGGCCUUGGCUCACAAUUGCACGUCAAGUGCAACAUGUACAGCGAAGGCGACAAAGGCUUCAACUUCGUAUGGGGCAAGGAAAAUUUCUAAAGCAGGAUUUCUUUCAUUCCCCCCCGCCGACAUUUUCAGCGUGUUCAUUACGAGGCGUACUAAUAGCGCAUGUUUGGAACAUCUUGCAUUGCCACUGGGGUAGAAGGAACUGGUGCUUUGAGAUAUCGGCGGGAAAGUUAGAGGUGGUGCAAUUGGUCUUUCGCAGUUGCUCCCAAUGCGCACAGCGUUGCCAGCACGCCCAUCUUUCCGGCAAGAAACAACGACUUUUGCCUUGUCACUUGUAUCAAUUUAUAUAGAGAUACCCAGAUUGCGCUCCGUCUAUGAGAACCACGAGGUGUAGAAAUGAGAAUUUUGCAGAAACUGGCGA